GGACGUGCGUUUUAGGUUACGAGAAGAAUAUGAAUCGCGAGAUAUGGGCGUCAAAAAAGAGGAAUUCAAACAAUGUAAAGCGGCGACGAAAAGAGAAAACCCGAAAACGAAAGCAAUCAGCCGCAAAUGACAAUAACUUGUCGACGAAAACUUUCCUUCCUUGUUGCGGCGAUGGAAGCAAAGCGUAAGGGAAGAAUGUGUUCAAAUGUCUCUGUCACACAGAUUUCACUUCAUUUUCCCACUUCUUCGCAUCUCAUCGCACUUUUUUAUUACUCUCUUCUUCGCUGAUCUUAACUUGUAUUUUCUUUGAGAUUCUCGUCGCAAGCAUUGGUUUGGUUUGAUUUAUAUCAACCUUUUCUUUUCCAUCAAUCAAUCUAUUGUUGGCGACGCUGCAUUUCUGCAAUGCGCGGACUAGAACUCUGGUUCAGGGAUUUGGUUGCGUCUGAUUCAACCGACCAAACAUUUGGUCCACGUGGUAAUGAUUUCGAUUCGAUCUGUCUAGUCAACAACGGAGGAGGCUUGUUUCUCGAUUCAACACUUCCGUCUUCAUUCAUUUCAUUCGUCCCACGGAAGGUGUGUUCUUCUGCUGAUGCAACUGGUAUUUCACAUCCAUCGUUGUCUUGUUCCUUGAAACUUCGAGGUUAUGGAGUGAAGUGGAACGGUCGCAGCAGCGGCAAUGGUUUCCUUUCUGUGAGUCUUUCAAUCAAGGGAAAUGGACAGGGACAUGCUGAGGAGCAAGACGAAGUUUUAGGGGGGGCUAAGGUAAGUGACGGAAAUCGGGAUGAUGAGAUAGUGUUGGUAGACGUUAAGAAAGAAGAGGAUUCUGGGUUGAGGCAGCCGGGAGCAGGGAAAGGAACUGUGUUUAACACGACCAAGCAUCUGUGGGCUGGAGCUAUCGCGGCUAUGGUAUCAAGAACUUUUGUUGCACCACUCGAGCGACUCAAACUAGAGUAUAUUGUUCGUGGCGAACAGAAGCAUCUUUUUGAGCUCAUUAAAACUAUUGGAGCUUCUCAAGGAUUGAAAGGCUUCUGGAAAGGAAAUUUUGUCAAUAUACUCCGCACUGCUCCAUUUAAGGCUAUUAACUUUUAUGCUUACGAUACAUACCGGAAUAAUCUGCUCAAGGUCACAGGAAAUGAAGAAACAACAAACUUUGAAAGGUUCAUUGCCGGAGCUGCUGCUGGGAUCACAGCCACUGUGCUUUGCAUUCCUAUGGACACUAUUAGGACCAAGAUGGUUGCACCAGGAGGAGAAGCUUUGGGUGGUGUGAUUGGUACUUUCCGUCACAUGAUUGAAACUGAAGGAUUCUUUUCUUUGUACAAGGGUUUAGUUCCCUCAAUUAUAAGCAUGGCACCUUCAGGUGCUGUCUUCUACGGUGUUUAUGAUAUAUUAAAGUCAGCUUAUCUACACUCACCGGAAGGGAAGAAAAGACUUGACCACAUGAGUCAACAGGGUGAAGAACUAAAUGUUUUUGAGCAAUUGGAGUUGGGUCCAGUUAGAACCCUAAUAUAUGGGGCAAUUGCAGGAGCAUGUGCUGAAGCUUCUACAUACCCAUUUGAAGUUGUUAGGAGACAACUUCAGAUGCAAGUUCGAGAAACACAAAUGAGUUCUCUUGCUACUUUUGUCAAGAUAGUUGAACAGGGCGGAGUUCCUGCCCUUUACGCUGGAGUAGUACCAAGCUUACUGCAGGUUUUACCAUCAGCAGCAAUUAGCUACUUUGUUUACGAGUUCAUGAAAAUAGUUAUGAAGGUGGAGUAAACUUUACUUUUUAUGUUAGAGCAACCAUCACAGUUAUCUGCACUUCCUUUUUAGAUAUUUCCAAAGUUUAGAGGCCUGCCCGGGAGAAUAAUUCUUGGUAAUCUAUGAAUUUGAAGACAUGUCAAGGCUAGUGUGUGUGAUGCGGGGGUGUUGGUUUUGUUGUCAUUGAAAACGUCACCAAAUGAUGCUCAAAUCCUCAGUUUAGCAUUAACAAUAAUAGUCUUCUUUCACUUUUCUUAAUGUCACCACCUCAUUUUUACUUAU